AAAUUUUUCGCCAUAUUUACAUUAGUUGGCAAAUAAGAAACAUGGCUGCUUAUUAUAUUUUUGGCAUAUUCUUCAUUUUAAGCUUCGUACAGGGUAUGGAGAUCCUGCAAGCUGAGCCGGCCAUCAUCGAAGAGAUGAGAGAUGCUCUGCCGUCAGCAUCAAGGAUAGUUGCUGGUCAGCCAGCAGCUGAGGGCCAGUUCCCCUUCCAGGGUAGCUUGCGGAUGGUGGCUCCUGAUGGAUCAGUCUUCUCCUGUGGUGGCUCCCUCAUGCACCACAAAUGGGUGCUCACAGCCGCUCACUGCCUGGCCAACCGCAUCACUUUCGUCGUCCGUUUCGGCGUGGUCCACGUGACCCGUCCAGAGGUGAUCGUGGAGUCCACACGCAAGUACAUUCACCCCGAGUAUAAUGAGAUCGCGGCUGGAGUCCAAACCGCUGACCUGGCCCUGAUUGGACUUGACCACCACAUCCCCUACUCCGCCAAUAUUCAGCCUUCACGUCUGAUGAGCAGCGCACAGAAGGCCAUCGAUUACUCCGGAGUCCGUAUGAUUGUCAGCGGGUUCGGACGUACAGAUGACUCCUGGAACGGUGGUACCUCUUCUGAAACUCUGUUGUGGGUGUACCAGCGAGGUAUCUCCAACGAGGAGUGCAAGCUCUGGUACCCCACCUCCUCAGUCAUUAAAGAGGAGACUCUCUGCGUUGCUUAUUACGACAAUGUCUCUCAAUCCUCCUGCCAGGGUGACAGUGGUGGCCCACUGACCAUCGAGGAUGCUGACGGCAAGCGCACACAAGUUGGUAUUGUUAGCUUCGGAGCCGGGUUCCCAUUCGGAUGCAACAGCCCAUUCCCAUCAGGUUACGUCCGUCCCGGAUACUACCACGACUGGUUCACAGAAGUCACUGGUAUUGACUUCGACUGGGACAGCGAUGCCCUCGUCAACCCUCCCGCAUCAGAAUCUAAUGAGGACGAGAGUGCCUCCGCUGAGAGCUCCGAGAGUGCCAGCAGUGAAGAGGGUAACAAAGUUCGCGUUGUCAACUAAAUGUAAUUCAAAUGUGA